AUGGUGAACGACGGCGAUGGCCCUUUUGGGCCCGUUGUAAACGGCACACAAAUUGUCUUCUACGAAUACCGACCCAAUGCAGGAGCAUCCUGGACGUUUGUGGUAUUGUUUGCUAUUGGUGUCGUGGGACAUGUGGGCUACUUCUUUUGGCUUCGCGCGUGGCAUUUUCUCCCGUUCAUACUUGGCGGCGUGGGCGAGGCGUUCGGCUACUACGGCCGCGUCAAAGCAUCCGAAAACCCGCUCGCCGUCGGUCCCUUCAUCAUGCAGAAUCUCCUCAUCCUCGGAUCCCCACCACUCUUCGCCGCAACGAUCUACAUGAGUCUCGGCCGGAUCAUCAUAGCCCUCGAUCUCCGACGCCACGCCGCCAUCAGCCCGCGGCUCACCGCCUUCUUCUACGUCGUCGUCGACAUCGGCUGCUUCGUCAGCCAGGUGUUUGGGUCCAUCAUGCCGGCCUCCGGCGAUCCCUCGGCCAUCGAUAUGAGCAGGAAAAUCAUCAUGGGCGGCUUGCUCGCGCAGCUCGGCGUCAUUUGCCUCUUUGCGCUUUCUUGUGCUCACUCGCAUCGAUGGGCCAAGCGCGAGGCGCCCAACCUGAACGCGACCCACGCUGGGAUCAACUGGAACAAGUACUACUUGAUGACGUAUGGAGUGGCUCUCCUCAUGUUUGUGAGGAGCUUGGUCAGAGGCAUCGAGUACCUCCAGGGAGAGGGGGGAUACAUCAUCAAACAUGAGUUCUUUGUGUACGCCUUCGACGCUGCUCUCAUGGUUGUUAUCAUGGCGUUAUAUCUCUGGAUUCACCCGGGGAGGCUCGUCCGCGAUCUUGCUCGGUACAAAAGCGAUGCAUUCGGAGACGAGCGGAACAUAAUGUUGGAAAGACGAUAG